AUGGAUUCUAUGUGGUGGCAACAAUAUAAACGCCCCCUUGAGAGGCUUACCCUCCAAACAGGGUGUGGAGGGCGAAGCUUUUACAAGUGGAAGUUUACGAUCACCACGAUCACCACGAUCACCACGAUCACCACGAUCACCACCAUUACUACUGCUGCUGCUGCUGCUGCUGCUGCUGCUGCUGCUACUAGAUCUCGAUCUUCAGCAAGUGACCGCAUGUACAGAGACAUGUUAAUCUCAAAGGCUUCGGGAAGCAGCUUUAUUCGCGACCUUGCGAAGCGAAGGCCAUCGAGAUUGAAGCAAGCACUGAAAAAGCGAGACUGCUAUUACGAGAAGGAUGGUCUACGAACAUACGGUGACGGUGAAGACCAUGAUCAUGAAUCUCCCAUAGCUUUAACUCACAUGAUGUCCUUGAUCGCGAUGGCUUUCCUGUGGACUGGAUCUCAAAUCCCUCUCUAUCUCUUCAGUAAGCUCGGUGGCGCGUAA